UUCCUGCAGCGGUGUUUACAUGCGGCUCCGACAUGAAGCUAACUCUGCUGUUCAUGCAUCAAUAACAGCACAGAGACAUUAAAUAUAACAGCAGUCAGACUGUCUGCGGGUUACAGCUGCUGCUCUUUAUGUGCCAGCCCGACGGAAAGUUAGUUUAGUUUGUUUUUAAAGAGAAAAAUAGACGACAGGUGAUGAUGAUGGCUCCUCCUGCUGAUGCUAACGCGGAUGCUAACCCUGAUGAGAAGGUUCAAGAGUAUGAAAACUUCAUCAGUGAUGUCCUGAAGAGAGAUUUACAGAAAGUGUUUGAGCAGAGAGACGCUGUUUUUGAGAAAAUCUCUCAGUACCUGCAGCUGAAGAACACCAUCCAGAGUCUGCAGGAGGCGGGCUCUCAGCAGCUGAAGACUGACGUGGAUCUGGGCUGUAACUUCUUCGUCCAGGCUGAAGUGGAGGACGCGUCCAGGAUCUUCGUUGCCGUGGGUUACGGGUUCUUCGUGGAGAUGACUCACGACGAGGCGUUGCGCUUCAUCGACAAGAAGACGAGUCAGCUCACAGCUUUCACAGAUCAGCUGACUAAAGACUCGGCUAAGAUCAAAGCAAACAUCCGGAUGGUUCUGGAGGGUCUGCGGGAGCUGCAGGGUCUGUCAGAACUCCCAGAAGAGAGCAGAAGAAGAGACGUUUUCUAGACUUUUCUUCUCGUUGGACGUCGACUGAGACUCCUGCAGAGACGAGCUGAGGGUCAGACCUGAUCACAUGACCAC